AUGGCCUUGUGCGUGUCUAGCAAAAGAUUAUGUAUCCUCGUGGAGCUCGCCAACUAUACUGAUAGUUUGGCUGUUGUCCCAGCCCUUCGUUCUCUUCUCCUUUUUGGUCCUCCAACUUCUUCUCUUGGUGUUAAAUUUGGAAUGGACAGAAGUCGUACUAGUAGUAGUAUGAAGCAGUUCCCGGGAUAUGUAGUUACGAGUAUAGAGGGUGCCGGCUUUGUGAGUAAACCUCUUCAGAUCUGCGCUCCGCAUGACGAUAUUGGUGAGAUUGUGCUGGCACUCCGGGUCGUGAUUGUCACAAGUCGACCACGGCCCAGAGGCGGAGGGCAUCCGUUGCAGUCAAUAUUGCAACAAGGUGAUACUGAAAAGAUCAUAAAGAUAAUCACAAUACUUAGCAUCAUACGGGCCAAGUAUUUCUAUGACCAGAAAAUCAUCAUCGGCUUCACUCUUCUGCCCCUUCUUGUACUUUGCGAAGGUGAAGAAGAUCUGGUGCCGACCUUGGGAUGUGGGAAGGAAACUGCAAAAAGUCAAGGAUCAGGAAGUGGGAUUGAUGCUAGACAAUCGCAUAUAAACCACCUAAAUGCAGGGAUAAUUAGUCCUUCCGGCCAGGGUACCUCUAAAGCACGAGAUGUUCUGAGGUAUCUCUGCGCCUUUGGGCCCAAGAAUUCUGUUAAUCCAUUUGUCAAUUCUGUUAAUAGCCAGAAGAUAUCGAGCUGUGUCCAGAGUUCGUCGCGCGCGCUUUCAGGCUUUCCCAGUGAGUACGGGUAG